AUGCGCAUUAUUCAUUAAUGAUGCACUGUGGGAUUGCAGGAUAUUGACAUAGCAACCAGGCGAGAGAGCUGCUGAAAAUUUCAAUUCCGAGUAGCUUCUGGCUUAUCUUCCGAGUUAACAACACUUAGCUUUACUUUUCACUGCUGCCAUGAAUGCGGCAGUAGUAAAAAAGACCCAGGACACGCUGGGCAAAGUGAUAAAGAAACCGCCUCUCACGGAGAAACUGCUAAGCAAGCCGCCGUUUCGGUACCUGCACGACAUCUUCAGUGAGGUCAUCAGGACCACUGGUUUUCUGAAAGGCUUGUAUGAAGAGACUGAAAUGAAGUCUGAUAGUGUAAAGGAUAAGGAGUCUAAAAUAGUCUUCCUUCAGAAAGCAAUAGAUGUGGUGAUGCUGGUGAGUGGUGAACCCCUGGCAGCAAAGCCAGCACGCAUCGUUGCCGGCCAUGAGCCUGAGAAAACCAAUGAGCUGCUGCAGGCCAUCGCCAAGUGCUGCCUCAACAAGUUGUCCAGUGAUGAUGCAGUUAAGCGAGUGCUCGCAGGAGAAAAGGUGGACAUCAAGACCAAAGCCAGCACCUCCAGGUCCCAGGACAAGGAGAACAGGGAGGGACGUGAACGCCAUCCAGAUAGAGAGGAGAAGAAAAAGAUUACAGAGCGCAGUGGCAGCCGCGACCAGAAGGACCCAGACCAGCCCAAAGAGCAGGAGAGUCGACGCAGAGAUGGAGAGAAAGAACACCACCGUGACAGGGAGCGCGGCGACAAGCCCCACCGCACUGAACAGGACCACCACGCCAAAGACAGAGACAAAGACAAGAGUCGAGACCGAGAGCGAGACAAGGAUAGAGACAAAGGACGAGUCAGGGACAGGGACAAGGAGAAGGACAGGGAACGAGAAAGGGAAAAAGACAAAGACAGAGAAAGGACAAGAGAGAGAGAUUCUCACAGAGACCGAGAAAGAGACAAGGACAAACGAAGAGAUCGAGAGAAAGAGAGACACAGAGAUGCAGAUGAAAGACACAAAAAUGGAGAGAGUGGCAAUAACAAGGCGAGAGUAUCAGAGGAGCCACAGCAAAAACCCAGCCCUGAAGAGCCUAGCAAAACAGCCAAAACUGUGCCAGCACCCACAGAGGCAGUUGAGAACCAGUCUGACAGUCCAGCUAGAAUACCUCGGCCUUCAUCUGCCAAAGGACAAAGGCGAAGACCCAAAAUUGGGGGUCAAGAUGAGUCUGAUAGUGAGGGAGAUGGAGAUGCUCAGUUAGCUCACAGACCUGUCCCCCAGGAAAAUGGAGACGCUGGAGGAUCCUCAGCGCCAUCUGACGUGACCUCCAGCAGCAAACGAAUAGCACGGCCAAGCAGUGCUCGCCCAGCACCUCCUCGAGUGAAGAGACAAGAAAGCUACAGUGAUGUGACCCCAGCUGAGAGGCUAUCUAGUGCCAAGCCCUCAGCACCUGUCAUCCUGGAUGGGAAGAGGCUGUCUGAGGAUGAGGAGGAUGAAGAUGAGCAAUUUCUUGUGGAGGAGACAGUCCCUCCACCCUCAGAAGCUCCAGAAAUAGAGGUGGAUCCUGCACAGGUACUGGACACUGAAGAGAAACACGGUGGUCUUGUGAAAAAGAUCCUUGAGACCAAGAAAGACUAUGAGUUGUCACCAUCCUCUCCCAAAUCUAAAGAACAGAACUUGGUGUCUGAAGGAGCGCGGAAGAAGGAGCGGGACAUGGUAACGAGGGAGAUUGAGCGGCUUCGCUCGUCCAUUCAGAUGGUGUGCCGAAGUUCCCUACCUUUAGGUAAGAUCAUGGACUACAUCCAGGAAGACAUGGAUGCCAUGCAGGCUGAACUGCACACCUGGCGGAAAGAGAACAAGGAGCACGCUCAGGCCCUGCUGCAGGAGCAGAGAGCGACAGACCAUGCAGUGGAGCCUCUUAAAGCAGAACUAGCUGAGCUGGAGCAGCUCAUCAAAGACCAGCAAGACAAGAUUUGUGCUGUCAGGUCCAACAUACUGAAGAAUGAAGAGAAGAUCCAAAAGAUGGUGACAGGAAUCAACUUUUCAUCCCGAACCUGAAUGGCAAACAAGGUCUUCAAAGAAAAAAACUCAAAAAAAUGCACUAAAUAUUUAGGCAUUUGCAGUUUCUAAUACAGAAUAUUGGCAAGGCCUGUUGUCAUGGAGAUGAUGUGGGAUGGGACCAAACACUGCACUUUUAGGUUUUCCUGUCAGAACAGGAGAUGGACCCACAUGUUCUCCUGCAUAUCAAGGGCGGGAAAUAUCGGUAAGAUAUCGGUAAAUGAAACAGCCACUCAGUGGUUGAGAGGUCUGACACAAGUCAAGAAUACUUGGAUGAUGGCUUUGAAAAAAACAAUGGUGAUGUUGGAGAUGUACCAGCUGAUAAAGCUGACGGAUGAAUGAAUAAAAUCAUCUUCCUUGGCCCUUGUUCUGUAACGGUGCCUUUCAGGAAUGAGCCAGAGCCCAGCUCAUGAUCUGGAUAUUAGAUAGUUGUGUUUGAUGCUUGGUUAGCUACAUAUUCAGCGACGAUUAGACCACAUUUAAAAUGUGUUUUCUUGGUGUCUUAAUCACCAAGUAACAAUGCAGUUUUUUAGGUUGUGACACAACCAGCAGUGUUUCCUUGUGGUGAGAACUGAGAACUUGUAAAAGUACUGAGUCAUAAGCAGUCUUGCUUUCUGAUACUGCUAGUUUUCCAUGAUGCUAAUUGCACCUGAUAUAAUGCUGUUGGACACAACAACAAUUAAACAAACUCAUGACAUGUUCAGCUGAUUGAAAACAAGAGAAAAGUUAAAAUACAUUUUCUGCAUCUUUGCUACCGAAAACUAGGAUUUAACUGAAGGAUCCUGGGGGCCUAAUCGACUGAAAUGUAUGUUACAUGACUGUGGUGUCUUGGUUUAAAUUUGUCUUAGAACUUUUGCUUUCACAUGCUGAUCUUUCCUCCUUCACAGUUAGUGUUUGUUACAUUAUUCACUCUUCCACUUUUUAAGCACUGCUGCACUUUGAGAAACAUGAUUACAGGAGGUUUUUCUUUUUUAGAAAAUGCUUUUUCGCAACUAAACUGCUAGGAUUCUUCCUUCUCUCUCCUAUGCCUAGCUUUCAGAAAUAUAAUAGACACACUAAUUUUAUGUACUUUCAGGGAAACCAUUCAAACAUAUAUUCUCCUUACAGUGAGCAUGCAGGAAGCCACCAUCUUGGACACCCUUCUUAUCUAUUUGUACUGUAGAAUUUUCUAAACUGUUCCUGUUUUAGGACAGAGGCAACGUUUGGUCAGAUGUGACUUUGUGAACGUUCUAUAUAAAUUCCAAAAAAUAUAAGACAAUAUUUUGCUAUCUCAUUUUGCUGUCUAAAAGAAAUGUACUUUACACAUGUAGCUAGUACUAAAACAUGAAGCAAUACCAGACUGAUAAUUAUAGUAGGAGACAUGAGAAUGAAGGUAGCCGCUUACAAAUGUUUCCUCAAGUUUCCCGGAGUGUAGAUAUGUCAUUGUAUUCCAGGGGUAAAUUAAAUACAAAUGUUUCCUGGCAUAGUGGCCUAUCACACGCUGAAUGAUGAAGAUGCAGUUACCACAUUUAAGUUAUGUCAUUUUACACUGUCCUUGACACUUGUACACUUGCAGUUGGUUUUAGUGAACACUUGCCUCCCAGAAGACUUGGACUGACAGCAUUUACAGAAAACUUGUUUUUUUGUUUUUAAAGUGACACUUGCUGUGAAUGCCUGGUUAGACUGGUGAAUGUAAUCUAUUAUUUUACUCAGAUUUUUUUCCGUAGAAACCAGUGAUUGCAGUUAUAACAGAGCAAGUUCAAUGCUUUCAUGUGUGAAUGUGAUGACCAUACAUGCUUCACCUUGACUGCUUUAUCUUUUCUACCAUAGAUUAUACCAUCAAUUUUUUUUCUGCCCAGACUGGGGUUUCCAAUCCCACUGCAUUGUCAGACCAUUGGCUUACUAAAGGUUCAAUUGAUGCAACAUCCAUGCUAAGAACAUGAAUACAUUCUCUGAUGCUACUGAUAUCAUAGCCUGGUCUAAUUGAAGAAUUGUGUGGGCAGUAUAAACCCUGCACGUUUCUGAAAUUGUUUGUACGGCAGAAAUGUUUAGCUUCUAAAAGGCAAAUUUUGUGAGUUUAGACGCAUUCAUGGACGUUAAUGGCUUUAAGAAAAACUAUUUUUACUAAUGUCUUAAAAAAAAAGGAGCACAGUGCUGUAAGAGCUAUUUAUUAUAGGGAUUCAGUAUUCAACACAUACUAUCAUUUAUUCUAAUUUUACUCCAUUUUCAUAGCAGUAUUCUGUUAGUCAAACAUCAUUUGGAAAUCGUAAUCGACUGAAAAAUGCCAUUUCAAAAGCAAAACUGGAAAAGUGAAAACCUGCAUGCUCAUAUGUUGAAAAGGGCCGUUUAAACUGUACAUUAUUUGUAUCAUAUCCUCAGUUUGUCUUUAAACUGUAUAUUUUGUAUAUGUGAAGACUGUAUCAUAGUCCAAAUAAUUAUAUAAUUUUGUAGUGGAGUGAAAUAAAUGGUUACAUUUCAAUAAA